CAGCUGUCCCAGAAGAAUCUGGGGCUGAAGAGGCCCACUGUGGGGAAGGUAGAGGAAAAAUAUCGGGGCAGUAGGCCAUAGACUAGACCAACUCCAGGGCAACAUGGCCCUCUACAGCUGUAACAUAUUCCUUGCAAUAGCCAGGUCCAGGGGACCCCACCUGCUUGUGCACUCCAGCUGCUCCCCAUUUUCCCCAUCCAUUGCAGUUGUCCAGCUGGUAGAUUCCCACCUUAGUCGAACAUACCCAAAGGACUCUGAGUGUCAACAGCUACUCCAUGGCACACAGCAGAGCUCUGGACUACCUCACUUGCUAACUCAGCCCAUACGACUGCUUCACUCGUCAGCUUACAGGCACCAAGAGGCUCAGGACAAACCUCAGCUUAAGCAAAGUACUGUACAAAAUGACACUAAGAUGGUCAACGUUCCUGCUGUCCCCAAGAAAUCAUUGCGGCAGAGGAUCGUGGAUGAACUGAAACACUACUAUAAUGGAUUCCACUUGCUUUGGAUUGACACAAAGGUCGCUGCUAGGAUGGUGUGGAGACUGUUGCAUGGGCAGAUCCUGACGAGGAGAGAAAGGCGAAGGCUGUUGAGAACAUCUGCUGAUCUCUUCCGGCUGGUUCCUUUCCUGGUGUUCAUCAUUGUGCCCUUCAUGGAAUUCCUAUUGCCUGUAUUUCUGAAACUGUUUCCUGAGAUGCUGCCCUCAACCUUUGAAACAGAGUCCAAAAAGGAAGAAAAGCAGAGAAAAAAACUGAGUGCCAAGCUGGAAAUUGCAAAAUUCCUGCAGGAGACCAUUGCAGAGAUGGCCAGGAGGAACAAAGCCUCUACAGGAGAAGCCACCAAGCAAUUCUCUUCGUAUGUUCAAAAGGUUCGGCAUAGUGGCCAACAGCCCAGCACCCAGGAGAUUGUACAGUUUACCAAGCUAUUUGAGGAUGAACUGACCCUAGAACACCUGGAGCGCCCACAGCUAGUAGCCCUCUGCAAACUGCUGGAGCUACAACCCAUUGGCACCAAUAACCUUCUUCGCUUCCAGCUCUUGAUGAAGCUCAGGUCUAUCAAAGCAGAUGAUGAAAUGAUUGCCAAGGAAGGUGUUAAUGGCUUGAGUGUGUCUGAGCUACAAAGUGCAUGCAGGGCAAGAGGAAUGAGGUCAUUAGGCCUCACAGCAGAACAGCUGAAAGAGCAAAUCAAGCAGUGGCUCGAUCUACAUCUGCGAGAAAAUGUUCCUCCUUCACUGUUGCUUCUUUCUCGUGCCUUGUACUUGACGGAGGUGAAGCCCAAACCUAUUACAGUGACAUCAGCUGACCCUCUGUCGAGCAAAGCUGCUGAAGAAGUGGCUGCUUCUGAAGAUCACGAGACCUUGCUGGAUUCUGCCCCCAUAGUGCAAGGCACUAAGAGUGAAGAAUUUAUAACACAGCCAACAGAGAAGUUACCAGUUUCUCAAGUAUCGGUCAGCCCUCCUCCAGUCAAGACAAAAAUAGAAACCUCUCGGAGUAGCAAGGCCAGUGCAAAUGGAGUUUAGCUGUUUCCAAGCUCUCGGCACUUCAGGAAGAAAAGCCCCACACGUCUCAUCUGAAAUCAGUGUGCGGGCAGGGUUUUUGUUUGUUUGUAGGCCAGCUCCUUCUCAUGCACAAGUCUGUUAUUCCUUCACACUCCCCCCUGCAUGAAGCAGUUUGAUCUGAUCAAACUUGAUUUGUUACCAUUGUGGCCAGGCAAAAAGGGGACCUUGCGUUACAGUGCCAACCUCUUCAUUUAAUGUACCCUGUGUAAUUUAACUUAUUUUUGUAAAUAUGUAUAUAACCCACAAAUAGGACCAGCUGUAACUUAUACAACAUUGUCUAAUAUUAAGAUUCAUGUUUUUAAAAAAAAUUUAAUGAAAUGACUUACCUAUUUUUAUUUUUUUAAAAAGGCCUGGCUAGCAGAGAUGGAGUGUUUUCCUAGCUGGGUGCUGCAGAAUCUGGGCCUUCCUAUUCUACAAGUUGACCUACUUGGACUUGAAGUGGUUUACAAGCCAAUCUUAAAUGUGUUUACUUGACAGUAAGUCCCACUGAGUUCAGAGGCACAUACUCCCAAGUAAGCAUGCACAAGAUUGCAGCUCUAGUUUCACUUACAUUCAUAAGUUGCUGAUGCCACCAGAGUGUGAAAGUGAUCCUUCUUUUAAUACAGAAGUAGCUCUGUCAUAUUGCCAUUGCAUUAUCUAGAGAAUCCUACUGUCUUCCCCAGUGCCUCCAAUUUGUGGGAAGGCAACCUCCAACGGCUCCUUAGACUUUGCAUAAGUGGCCAGUGUGACUACAAAGCACAAAAUCAGGCCAAACUGUUAGCUUUGGGCAAUAAAAUGUUCUUGUCAUCCUAAGCCAGGGAUCAUCAAUAACCAUCAUUGUCACCUAGUAUAAUUGUUUUAUGAGAGUUGAGCCAUCUUAUCAUAGCUCAAACCUAUCAUAGUUGUGUGCUGUGGAACUGGGAAGAAAAGAAUACUCAUAACUUACAAAAGUUCUCGAAAGCAGGAAGCAUUAGAAAAAUGUUUGUCAUUAGGGUCAUUCUAAGAAAAAAAAACAUUUCUGCUUCUAGGGCUACCCAGAAUUAACUGCAGCUCAAAAUUGCAGGGUUUUCUCCUGCUCAUUAGUCAUGUGUAGUUUAGUAGCCUUUAGAUAACAUCUAAUCUGUGAUGCUGGCUUGGAAAGCAUCCCAUCAGUGAAUGUUCUUUUAAAAUGUUUGUUCAGCUUGUGUGUUUUGUCACUGAAAUAUAAUUUCCUGGUAGCUGUGCAGACCAGAAACCAAAAAACUUUGUUAAUUUCAGCCUCUGAGGAUAUAUUUU